AUGCAGACUGCAGAAUCUCCUAGGGAUGCUAGUCUGGUGACGAACUGGACCUGCUCUUCCAUUGAUCCUGUUCUGUAUGGUUCCAGGAAGGUCGAAAACAUUCCAUUUGGCGGCGCCACGUGUCUGGAGACAACUAGGACGACAAUCGUCAGCAACUACAGUCAACGGGUGGGAGCCCAAGCUCUGAUAUGGGCGAAGCGGGAAACCGGAGAAACAGAAAGUUGUCACCUCAGGUAUGAGAUUUACUCCUUCUCUGAAGCCUAA